AUGGGCCCUCCCAAGAUCCCCCCCGAGCAUGUCUACUGUGUCCAAGCCGGAAAGAAGCACUAUGAACUCUUCACCACCACAUAUGUUGGCGCGAACUAUUGCGGCCGUUGCGGCUUGGCCAACCCCUUUCGGCUCCAGCACCAAGCCAGGUCCAAAACCCCGGCACUUCCGGGUCCGUACGAUGAGGUGGUGGACGUUGAGGACUCUCCACCGCCACGGCCAGUCAGCCCAGCAAGCCAGUUGCUGCGUGACAGAUCGAAGCCCCUUUCAUCCGUCGGCAUUGGACGCAUAGCUCAACACCUGCCUAACGAAGAGUCUACUCUUGGCGCGAUGAAUACACGGGCACGCAUACCUCCUCCUGAGUUGUCAAGCAGUCCCCAGUUUGUGACUGUGGCAUCAGCAGCCAGCCGGGCCAUUCAGAAUUCAAAGGCCAACACCAGAAAGCCCACGAGGCAUCGGACGGGGUACCAGUGGGUACAUAUCAGCCUCCUGCUUGUGAGACUGGAGACCAGGUACUUCAACGGCCUUGCAGUGGAGGUACCGGAGACGGUGCUGCCGCUGAAAGACACGGUGAUCAAGUUUUCCUCGGCAGAUUUACUGACGUGGCCCUCAUUCACCGCCAUCUUGUUCGAACAUCUCCGUCCGCUGCCACCCGCCAUCGAUCUUACGAACAGAGACCUCUGGAGCCUUUCUUACGCCUCGAGUUUCUCUGGCAAGAAGAUCGUCACCGUUCCCAACACCGACAAGUACACGACUCCGUCGAGUAUGCUCGCCUCGGGGCACUUCGGUAACAAUCAGGCCGGACAGUUGAAGGUGCUAGUCGUCCUUACAUCCACGGAUGUAGUCGAUAAACAGGAGCCAGUCACACCGUUGAGGCCGGAUGAAUACGCAACACCAGUCAAGGAAGAGAAGAAACGGAAGGUCAAGCAAGAAGACACAAGCCCUGCCCCAAAUCGCAAAAAGCGCAUCAAGCAGGAGGAACAUGUCAAGAAAGAGGGUAGCGCUGGGAACACGGAUCGGGUCAAGCAGGAGGUACACAUCAAGAUGAAGCCGGAAGAGCCUAUCCCGACUGCCUCCUACCAGAGUCCGACAGACGACGAGCUUGAGAGUAUUGCUGACGAGAUCGUUGUACAUGAAGAUGUGGUAGAUCUAUGUGAAGUGGAAGAUCCGCUCCAUGAUCUAAUGCUUGAUAGCAUCCCUGGCCAUAAGGGGAGCGGGGAUAUGGUAGAUGACGGCGACGAAGCAGACGAAAAAGAUGGCGAGCAUGUUGUGGUCCCGGAGUUCGUAAGAGACCAAAUGAUCCCUUCCCGAGUCAAGUGCUGA